AUGCUCGUGUGGAAUCCCGAUAAUAUCAAAGAUGUCGCAGAAUCCGUCGGUAUCAACGCCCUGAAUGACGAGGUUGUUGAUCACCUUGCGCGAGACGUUGAGUACCGCGUCUCUCAGGUUCUUGAAGAAUCGCAUAAGUUUAUGAGGCAUGGGAAACGCACAUUGCUUACAACGCAAGACGUCUCGAACGCGCUCAGAGUACUUGACGUUGAACCGCUGUAUGGCUACGAGUCUACUCGGCCUCUGAGAUUUGGAGAAGCUACAAUCGGACCCGGACAGCCCCUGUUUUAUGUUGAGGACGACGAGGUGGAUUUUGAGAAGUUGAUCAAUGCACCCCUACCGAAGGUGCCGAGGGAGAUUACUUUCACUGCUCACUGGUUGGCUGUGGAAGGUGUUCAACCGACAAUCCCUCAGAACCCCACGUCCGCCGAUUCACGCAACCUGGAACUGAUUUCCAAGGGACCUAAUGCGAACGCCAAUCUGGCCGCCAUGAGCGGGAACGAGAAUGUGACGGUGAAGCCGCUGGUGAAGCACAUUCUGUCAAAGGAAUUGCAACUAUACUUUGAGAGGGUGUGCAGUGCAUUCUUGGAUGAGUCGAACGAGGAGUACCGCCUAUCAGCCUUUGCGAGCUUAAAGGAAGACCCCGGGUUGCACCAACUCGUUCCGUAUUUUGUGCAGUUUAUAUCUGAAAAGGUAACGCAUAGCUUGAAGGAUCUGUUUGUGUUGACGCAGAUGAUGCAUAUGACCGAAGCGUUGAUACAGAACAAGUCAUUAUACGUCGACCCAUAUGUCGCCUCUCUCAUUCCGCCAGUUUUAACCUGCCUUAUUGGCCGCCAACUUGAAGGUGGCUCGGAUCCUCUGGAGCAUUUUACACUUCGCGAUCUGGCGGGCUCACUUAUCGGAAUGAUUUCUAAGAAAUAUUCGCACUCGUCACACACUCUCAAACCUCGACUAGCGCGAACAUUCCUGAAGAAUUUCAUGGAUCCCAGUAAACCGUUUGGCACACACUAUGGUGCCAUUAUCGGACUACAUUCAAUCGGAGGGCCCGACGUUAUUCGCGAAUUGAUUGUGCCUAAUCUUGCAAUGUACGAGGUGGUACUGAAGGACGCUGCUGGGGACGAAGGCCUCCGAAAACUAGAGGCGGAAAAGGUUAUCGGGGUCAUAGUCGCAGCUCUUUCAACGCUUCAAGAUGAGAAAGCGCCUCUUACAAACGGGCUUGCGAAUGGAGCCAUGGAGACACUAAAUCAGCAGCUAGGGGAGAAGAUUGGCUUGGUGCUGGCUUCCCGGAUUACAGACUCCGGUAACUUGCGACUCGCCCAAGCUAUUAUUGGGAAGCUCUGA